AUGGCUCCCUCUGACCGGCGCAGCUCUUCUCGCCGUUGCGCCGGCGAACACUCCACACCGACCGGUCGACCGCCGGCUCUCGAUGGCGACAAUGCAGAACAGUUCGACAAGGAGCUGGCUCUUCCUGAGUGGUGGAUGGGUAUUACGAAACUACGGAAGCGCAUAGCGGAGCGUGCGAACGGACACGUGUUGGAGUUGGCAAUGGGCACGGGGCGAAACUUGGAGUACUUCAACUGGGAGCCAUUAACUCUGCGCGCAGAGGGCAAGGCAGGUGUUAAACUGCCAAAGGGCGUCGUAUCGUUUACUGGUCUCGAUAUUUCGGUUGAUAUGAUGGAUGUCGCUCGAAAGCGACUCGUCAAGACUGUUCCACCCAUGGAGGACUCUGCUCCCAUCGUCCGCGCAUCUACCAUGGCUGAUUACACUGGAGGCCAACUAUCGUAUCUCGAUUCCCAGCUCCGAUUGAUUCAUUCCGACGCUCACCACCCGAUCCCCGGUCCCGCGACUCCCACGACGACGAAAUACGAUACAGUUAUACAGACGUUCGGAUUGUGUUCAGUUUCAGACCCCGUCGCUGUAGUCAAUAACUUGGCAAAGGUCGUAAAGCCAGGAUCGGGUCGUAUCAUUCUGCUCGAACACGGCAAGGGUUGGUAUGGUAUCGUCAAUGGUCUACUCGAUAAGAAUGCUGGGAAACAUUUCGAAAAAUACGGAUGUUGGUGGAAUCGCGACAUUGAAGGCCUAGUCGAAGAGGCAGUCACUAAAACACCAGGCCUUGAAAUCUUAAAGGUCGAGCGACCGAAUAUAAUGCAAAUGGGCACACUGGUUUGGGUUGAGUUGAAGGUCAACGACAAAGCCUCAUGA